CCGUGAUGCAUUGCGCGGCUGUUAUGUGUAGCAUUUGGGUUUGACACAUGAUUUCACGUAAACUAAGUUCAUGAACAGAAAUAUUUGCCGGGAUGGGGCAAGUGUUUGUGAUUUCGCUGACGCGGAGUUUGAGCACCUAAACGCCAGCCAGCGAAACUUGCCAAAGCGAGUCCCGGAAGGUUGCCGCUGCAACCUGUAACUAAGGCAACGACUUGUGACGUGACACGCGGGAGAGUGAACGUUGACAGAACAACCAAACAAUUCCGGACUGUUCAAACGAUCGAGUUGUUGCUCUCCUCUGUGGGAAAUGGAGAGACGUGGCUUGAGGACAGAAAGGCUCAUAGUGCCCACUGAUUUCACCUCACCCCCUGUUCCGAUUUCAUGUGAUGUAGGCAAUGCCCAAGAGGACCUGGUACCCCCAUCGCAUUUUGCAUCGAGUAUCCAGUCUGCUGGAGCACACAGAUGCGUUCAAGUCACAGGGACACCGCCGCCCAUCUCCUGGACAAACCCAGGCGUACCCUCAGUACCAUCAGGGGACCCCAGUCCUGCCAAUCCAUGGCUCGCCAUCACUCAGGCCCAACAGGAAAUCUUGGAGCUCAGGAAGGAAAAUCAGCGGAUUAUGAUGUUACAAGAAAACAGCAUCAGAGGGAAGACCCCUGUGGCUCAUUUGUCAGACCCACGGGGAAGAUCAGCAGAGAGAGGUGAUCAGUGGUCGAGAUGGGAGUCAGAGUGGCGUCUGGAGUCCGAGAAGCACAAGGCCGAAGUUGAGAGGUUGAAGGGGCAGGUCGAGGCCCUGAGGGAGAGUGCAGGAAGACACAGAGAAGAGAUUAGAGACAGAGACGGCACCCUGAACAGACAGAGCCUUGAGUUGGAUGCAAAUCGUGAAGAGCUAUGUAAGGCUAAGACUGAACUCAGCCAAAUCAGAGGGGAACUGUUUCAGAGUAAUGCGCAGAAGGAGAAAAUAAGCUCACAGCUUGAAAGACUAAAAAGCGAGUCUGAUGAGGAAAUUGCAAGGCUGAGCAGAGAUGUAGAGAGGAGGAAAGAGGAAGCCUGGGAGCUCGCUCUGAAGGCUGAAAUGGGCAGGUCACAGGCUGAGGAGGAGGCCAAACAGCAGACUCUGAGACUGUCAGAACACUUGGAGGAAAUGCAGAGGAAGCAAGAGGUGGAGCUGCAACAGUUGAAUGCUGCCCACUCUGCAGAGUUGGGUGCAGCCAGGAAAACAAACAGUGAACUACAGGAAAGACUUCAAUCAAUAACCUCUGAAGUGCUGCGGCUAAAAAACACUCUGACAGAGUUAUCUACUGAGAGAGAUGAGCUGAAACAACAUUUAAGCCAAAUGGGACAGGCUUUUGAAACACAAUCCGCAACACUGCACAGCCUCAGAAAUUACAUCGGCCAGCUUGCCCCAGAGAAACGGGAGAAGGAACAAUUAAAUGAAGCGGUUGAGAGGCUGAAUAAAGAAAAGGCAGCUCUUCAGAUGACAGCAGAGCUUCUGACAAUCAGGCUUAACUCUGUGAAUGAGAUACUCGCCCUUCAGGAAGAGAAAAUGGUGAAGGAGACCUCUGCAGACCCACACGUGAAGAAUGGAUGUGAAAGCCUUCAAGUGAUUCAGCUCUGGAGAGAGAAGGUGUUCAAGUUAUGUGUUCAACUUCGCUCCAAGGACAUUGAAUUACGAGGAGAAAAAGAUCAACUCUUUUCAAAAUUUGGAUCCUUGGAGCAGCAGCUCCAGCAGGAACAGCACCGAGCUAGUGUCCUCCAGCACUGUCUGGAUGACAGGAUAGCUGAGCUGGACAUGGAGAGAGUGGAAAAGGAGACAAUGAAACAGGACUUGGCACAGGCUCACAAGGCAAAUUCUCAGCUCAAGUCAGAGAGCCAGAAAUCACAGGCUGAACUUCAACUCCUGACAGAGGCCGUGCACAGAUUCCGUCUGGCAUUUGAAAGCAAGGUGGCGGAAGUGGACGCAGCUCAAACGAGGCUCAACACUUUCACCCAGAGGCUAAUUUUCGCUAAAAGACGAGUGGAGACAAUCCAAGGUUUGAUCAUGAGGAGAGUGGCUCUGCAGAAAAUUCAGCAGGCCAGUAAAGAGGCAGAACAGGAUGCUGACGAGUACAGUACAAGCCUGACAAACCUCAAGACAGAGCUGAGUUUGGGGUGCGAAGAGAGAGACAAGCUCACACGGGAGCUCAAAAGAACCCCGGAGCUCAUCGAGAAAGCUUUGGCUGAUCUGAAAGAACAGUAUGAAAGCAAACGGAGGCAGCAGCAGCAGGAGCUGGAGCAGAGCUGGGAGGAGGUCAGGCAGGCGGCAGUCGGGAGAGAGGAGGCCGAGCAGAGUCUGCAGCACAUCCAGGCCCAGCUGGAAGAGAGCAAGGUCAACCUGGAGAAACUCCGCUCAGAGCUUCUCACCCAGCAGGAGCACGGCGAGCAGGCCCUGCAGCAGAGCGUGUCUGAGAUUGAGGACCGCUGUGCUGAGAAGCUGAGGGAGCUGGAGGUUCAAGUCAAUACGGCCAGGAGAGAGCACACCAAAGCAGUUAUGACUUUGAGGCAGUUUGAGAGAGAGGCAGCAAGGAAACAGGAUGAGAUGAGGGCGACUCACUAUUUCGGGGGUACACACACAGACACAGAAGUUCAGGACACACUACCGAGGGAGAUGGAGAAGGAUAGAAACCCACUGAUGGCCACUGUUGCUGAGCGAGUGCCGACACACAGGUUCCACACAGCGGCUUCACAAUACCCUGCUCCUCCCAGGAAACGACAACAGAAACCUUCAGAGAGGAGCAGCUCUUUGCGAGCUAGAGUCCAACUACCUGCAGACGAGAGACUCCUGUCUGUUUUGGACCAGCUCCACACUCUCAGUGCUGCAGUGGUACACAGCUCUGAGGACUCUGCGGAGGAGGAGGAGGGAGAGAAUAACAGCGUGGGUCCAUCCACAGACAGUCUGCACAGCUGAUACCUGAAGAUGAGUCACCGGAGGCAGUGAAAACACCUUCAUUUGUACAAAAGGUGGGCAGUGUUAAUGAUUCAGGAGCCAAGAAAAUACAGCCAGUGGAAGCAAUUUGUUCAAGCCAAACACCAGGAAAAUAUGCAUGUCACAUUAGCUGCUGGGUGUAUAAGAAGAAUAACUGGUAUUUAGUGCAGACACAAAAAGCAGUGAUACCAUAGUCCUCUCCAGCAUGACUUUUAAUAACAGAGAACACUGGAACACCAAUCAACAUAUUGUACAAAUGUUUGUGAAAUCUUCCUAAAUUAAUUAUUUGAAGCCUGCUGGGAAAAAUACAGCUUGACAUGGAACUUGUCCUGCUAAUGUGAAUAUAGUCUGUACUGUUGAAGUUCAUGUGAUGGUCUGAGUAUUCCUUUGCUAUUCAGAGGCUUAUGUCUUACUUUUCAAUGUAGCCUAUAAUAAAGUAUUUUUUUAUUGUUCAAAUUC